AUGCAACUUCUUGCGUCGCUUCCGGACGACUCUCCGACUCGAGAUAUAGGCACUGACAAAUAUCGAACGGCCGACGGAAGUAACAACAGCAUCCAAUUCCCAAACUUAGGUAGAGCCGGCUCCUACUACGCAAGAACUGUAAAGCCGGAACAUGUCCCAACAGCCCUACCGGACGCUAAUGUGCUAUUCGACAUACUUCUUGCACGGCAGGGAGAACCGAAACAACACCCAAGCAAGAUAUCGAGUCUUUUGUUUGCACUGGCUGGAAUCAUCAUAGAUGACGUGUUCCGUACGAGUGAUCGCGAUGAUAACGUUGUAAACACGUCCUCAUACCUGGAUCUUUCACCUUUGUACGGUUCCGACCAGGAGACCCAGAACUCGAUCCGUACUUUUACCGAUGGAAAGUUGAAGCCAGAUACCUUCGCUGAAGUCAGGUUCCUCAGCCGGCCGCCAGAGUUCUCAGCCCUCUUACUAUGCUUCAGCCGCUUCCACAAUUCGAUUGCAGAGCAGCUCGCACUCAUUAAUGAACGCGAUUUGUUCAGCUUGCCUGCUAAUGCAGCCGAAUUUGACACCUCGUCAUACAAUAGUGCCCUCGCCAAGCGUGAUAACGACUUGUUCCAAACAGCGCGCCUUGUGACAAACGGACUUUAUAUCAAUAUCGUCUUGAACGAUUACGUCCGUACAAUCCUCAAUCUGCAGCGUGUAGAGACAUCCUGGAGCUUAGACCCACGAGUUGAUGUCGAGAAGAUCCUCGGGCAAAAGAACAUCGAGAAAGGCAGUGGCAACCAGGUUAGCGUCGAGUUUAAUCUCAUUUAUAGAUGGCACUCCACUAUAUCGGCGAAGGGCGAGCGCUGGCUGAACGACUACAUGGCAAAACUUUACCCAAACUCGAACAUUGAGCACUUGACGACAGGAGAGAUGCGUGCUGGAAUCCGCAGGCUUACCGCAGAAACUCCAGAUGAUCCUAGCCAACGGACUUUUGGCGGCCUUCAGAGAAACGCUAGAGGCUAUUACAACGAUGCCGAGAUAGUCAAAAUCCUGACAGAAGCUACGGAAGACGUGGCUGCAAGCUUUGGACCUCGACAUAUUCCUAUUGCUUUGAGGGUUGUUGAAGUCAUGGGCAUUGAGCAAGCGAGAGCUUGGGGCGUGGCGUCUUUGAACGAAAUGAGAAGAUUCUUCGGCCUGGCACCACAUAAGACGUUCAUGGAUAUCAACUCAGAUCCAGACAUUGCGGCUUCUCUUGAAGCUCUGUAUGGGGAGGUUGAGAACGUUGAGUUGUAUCCUGGCGUUGUCAUAGAAGAGCCUAAGAUACCCAUGACUCCUGGAUCUGGUCUCUGUGCCGGAUUCACAACCACCAGAGCUAUUCUAUCAGACGCUGUUGCCCUAGUACGAGGCGACAGGUUUUACACGGUCGAUUAUACGCCGCAUCAUCUGACGGCCUUCGGAUACAACGAGGCUUCGAAUAACCGUUCCAUUGCCGGUGGAGGCUAUUCUGGAAAUUCAAUGUACGCUUUCUACCCAUUCACAGUUCCUUUCGAGAUGAGGGCCAUCCAAAGAUCACUCGGGCAUGAAGCCGAAUUCGACUACAAUAGGCCUCAGAUCAGGCCAGCUACCAAGGUCAUCACCGAUUACAAAACGGUUGUUAGCAUCCUGCGAGACUCAACAUCCUACAUACUGCCCUGGAAUCGGGCCAUGCGACAACUUGGACAUGAUAGCCAUGCUCUCAAUAGCAAUGGCCCUAGAGGUAUCAAGCAGCAAAAGAUCGUCAAGCAUGCGAUAUUUAGUCAGAAGAGCUCUGCUGAAGAUUUCACCCGCUUUAUCGAUAUGGUAACCAAGGAGCAAAUCCGCAAGUACACGCACAAGCUUCACGACGUCUAUGAUGUUGAUAUUAUCAAGCAUGUUGCGGCCCUUAGUUGGACGCAAUUUGCAGCACGCUUGUUCUACAUCCCGUUAAAUAAUCCAAAUGACAGUAAAGCCACUUUCGAUGACAAGCACUUAUACGAAAACAUGGUGUCCAUCUUUCGAUUUAUCUACCUUGACAGAAAUCCCAACACGUCUAGUGUAAUCAGGGAGCCGGCAAUUCAAGCGAACACGGAGUUGACCAAAGAAGUCAAAGACACAUGCGAAGCGCUCAAAUGCUCGUCCUUUGCUCACGGACUGCUCCAUCGCGACGACAAGAAUGUCAAAGAUGGCUUCAUGCCCCGCCAUGGAAGAGAGUUGCUUCAACGACUCUUCGAAAGUGGCAAGACUGUGGACGACGUCUCUUCGCUGGUGGCAUUGCUAGCUGUCGAUUUGGCGAUCUCCGGCUCUUUUUUCUGUUCCCAGAUGAUCGAUCUUUUCCUUACUGAACCGUAUUAUUCUACAAACUGGCCACAUAUCGAGAAGUUGGCAAACGAUUCGUCACCCUACGCCUCUGAAUCACUUUGUGUAUACGUGCGUGAAGCUCUCCGACUGGUUCCAUUUGCAGCACCUACGCUUCGCAUCUCCGACACCUUCCCUAGCAUCAGUGACUGGCGUUACACGCAGGCCAUCAAAAAAGGCGACACUUUGCACUUGAACAUCGCAGCUGCGUCUCGCGAUCCUGAAAAAUUCUCGGAUCCAGAGGCGAUCAAGCUCGAUCGAUCACAGGCGUCGUACCUCCCGUUUGUUGACGGGCUGCACGGUUCCUUGAUCAGAGACAUAAUUAUCGCAGGACUAGCCGCCCAGUUACGGGUCUUCGGCAGGCUAGAGGGCUUGAAGAGAGCGCCGGGGACGCAAGGGAGGCUGCUAAAGAAAAACGAGAAUGGUCUUGUCAGCUUUCUGAGUGAAGCGCAGCAUGAGUGGAUACCGUUGCCGACCAGUAUGAAGUUGCACUUUGACUCUCUCGACUCGCUGCUGCAGCCAACAUCAAAUUAG